AUGGCGGGAGAUACUGAGAUAGAUGACCUUGAGGUUUCGGAUGGCGCUUCGGAGAAUGAUUACAGUGAUCAUGAUCAUGAGCUUGACGUUUUAGAGGAUAAGGAAGACGAUAAUAACGACAUGGCCGGGCAGAAGUCCAGACCGGAUGUUGAUGAGAAUGGUAAGGGCGCGGGAUCUACCGUGACAACAGCGAGGCCAAAGUUGGAUCCGAAAGACCCAUCGAGACCCAGAAGGAAGAAGGCAAGAAGAGCAUGCUUUGCUUGUCAAAGAGCUCACUUGACAUGUGGUGACGAACGUCCUUGCCAGCGAUGCAUCAAGAGAGGCCUUGCCGAAGUCUGCCAGGAUGGCGUAAGAAAGAAGGCAAAGUAUCUUCACGAUGCUCCGGCAGAGGCCCUCCGUCCAGUCCUUGGUCCAAAUUACAACGCCAACAGCAAUAAUCGAACCGUACCAACAAGAAACAGUUCUGCUUCGGACACUUCUCCCGUGACUGGUGAUUUAUUCUCACAGCCCGAGGUAUCACCUUCAUAUCCCAUCUUUGCACCUCAGCAAAAUCCGAUGCCGCCUCCUAUUCAAGCAAGGCUCUCUUAUGGAAGUCAACAACAUUCGCCCAUGUCGCCAACCUUUCAGAACCGAGUCAGCCGCCAACCAUCGAUGCAAGCUUUAGCACCACAGAUUCCGAAUCAGAACGAUGCACAAGCGAACUUUGGUGGAGCCCUGUUUGAUCCGAGUAAUCCAGCACUGUUCAACUUUGACCUAGAAGGCUUGAACUUUGGCAAUCACUAUGGAGCUUUAGAAUUCGGCAUGUUAGGGCACAUGUCUUCGGGAGCCACGGAAGCAUCGCCCAAAGAUGCGCCCAUGUCUGCGCAAGGAAUGGGCGACGUCAACUACAACGGUGGUGGUGUCUUUGGCAAUAACAUGGGCCCGUUCAACCAAAUGUACGGCCAAGAUAUGCCUAUCGACUAUGGAGGACUCGAAGGCCAAAACAGCCAAAUCUUUCCCCUAAACCCUGGUCUACCACACGCCUACGCAAUAGCCACUGGCCACCACAGCCCGAGCACAGACGCAAGUCCAUGUGCGAGUGUGAUGGGCUUCGAAAGCUCGCCUACUGCGAUGAAUUUCGCCGCAAACGCCACCCAUCAAACAUCUGCUGCUCAACGGCCAGCUAAGCGGCAAGAUACGAAAUCUGCCGCCGGCAAGUUUGGACCUGCUUCUGCUGUUGGAAAGCGCAGUAGAGAUCCCUCUGCAAUCUACGACACGGUUCACGAACCCUACUCAUACACUCAAGGUUUCCAUAACCUGACUGCGUUCCUACAAAACCGCUUCUCUGCUAACAAAACCCUCCGAAUCGCGAAGUCGCUUGCUUCUAUUCGUCCAUCCUUCAUAUCUUGUACCAAGAAUCUCAACAGACAAGACUUGAUCUUUAUGGAGAAGUGCUUUCAAAGAACCCUUUUCGAGUACGAGGACUUUAUGGUCAACUGCUGUACGCCGACACUCGUGUGUCGGCGGACAGGUGAAAUCGCAGCUGUCAACAAUGAAUUCACCCUACUCACUGGCUGGAAGAAGGAUGUUCUCUUGGGUAAAGAGCCAAAUCUCAAUGUCAAUACUGGCAAAGGCGGCUUGGCGGAAUCUGGACCCGUUAGCUCUACCAGUACUGGACGAGCAGGCGUCGCGACACCGCUCCAGCUCUCGACCAGUCUCACUAAUCAACCAUCUACACACGGCAAACCACAGCCUGUUUUCUUGGCAGAACUGCUCGACGACGACAGUGUGAUUGAAUUCUACGAGGAUUUCGCCCGUCUGGCGUUUGGCGAUAGCAGAGGAAGUGUGACCACCCGAUGCAAAAUGCUGACGUAUCAAGCGAAAGAUGGUACCGAGUCGUCUGGACAGAAAGAAGACGCCAGACUGAGGAACAAGCGGCCCGAGGUCACCGGUGGAAUAGGUGGCCUGGGCAACCGGGUGCGAGAAAUCGAUGGCGAGCAUGGUAUCGACAAGUUGCACCGAGACGGAAAACUCGACUGCUCCUAUUGCUGGACAGUCAAGCGGGACGUGUUUGACAUCCCCAUGUUGAUUGUGAUGAACCAUCCACGAAUUAUGGUGGAAUCAACAGACGCUCGUGUAUCCCGACCUGGCAUCAUCGGGCCCGACUCUGGGCCUGAACCGCCAUUCCCCCUCCGCAUGGGGGGGACAGUCGUCUCGGGGUUUGGGAGAGGGUCGAAAGAGCUCGGCAUCCCCACAGCCAACAUCCCCGUGGACACCACGCCGUGGAUCUCGUCGGCCGAAUCCGGCGUCUAUUUCGGUUGGGCAUCCGUCAAACUCCCCCCGGACCACCCCUCCCUCUCCCCAUCCGCCGAAUCGGCCUCCGCCGCGGAGCCCUCGACGAGCUUCACGGCCCCCUCCUCCGUCUCGGCCGUCCCGGCCCCGCGGCCCCCGCCCGCCGCCGCCGCCGCGGGGCUCGCGGAGCAGGGCUGGCGCGUCUACCCGAUGGUCAUGUCCAUCGGCUUCAACCCGUUCUACAAGAACACGGUGCGGAGCGCCGAGGUGCACGUCAUGCGGAAGUUCGCGCGCGACUUUUACGGCUGCGAGAUGCGCGUGCUGAUCUUGGGGUUUGUGAGGAAGGAGCUGGAUUACGUGUCGCUGGAGGCGCUGGUGGAGGAUAUCCGGACCGAUAUUGAGGUUGCGGGGAGGAGUCUGGGGAGGGAGGCGUGGAUGGGGACGGGCGACGAUGGGUGGCUCUGGGGAGAGGGGGAGAUUUGA